GGAAGGGAAAGGGAGGAGGAGCUGCGGACGCCCGAGCGGGCCUGGGGACGCUUGCGGCUCUGCGGCGCGGCGGUGACCCCGCGCGAGCCGAACCCUGGCCUUGAGCCCCACCCCCGAGUUGGAAUGCGGCGACGACGGCUGUGUAGGAGUGCACACAUCCGUUACCAUAGUGCCCUAAAGACUUCUGACAGUAGUUAGAAAUUGGUCCCUGGUUGGGGAAACAGGUUACCUGGGAGCCAAAAUUUCACAGCAUUCCGAAACAGUGGGGGUAAAUGCAAGUUCCUUAGAGUUUUCCCGAUGUGCGUGUCUCUGUCAUUGGCUUUGGGGCCCGUCAUCGUGGCAUUUUGGGGUUGGAAGGUCAGGGAGGUGGGGUGUCUUUCGCCUUGAAUGUAAUAAUACUGUAUUAGGAGGCUGAGGCAAGAGGAUUGCUGUGAGUUCGUUCACAAGGUGAGUUCCAGGUUAGCAUGGUGUACAGAGUGUAAUCCAGUCGCGAGGGUAGGGGUGGGGGUGGGGAGAUAGGUCAUGCCUAUAAUCCCAGAAUUUGGGAAGUAGAAGCAGGAGGAUAAGGAGUUGAAGAUCAUCCUCAGCUACGUCUCAAGUUUGUAGUAAGCCUAUGAAAUUUGAGUCUCUGUCUCAAAAAAAAAAAAAAAUGUCUACUGUGUCAGGCAUCAUGCCUACCCUUGGGAAUAUCAAACUAAUACACUUUUGUCCUUUGAAGCAGUUGAUACAGACAAAGUAAACGUGUCAUGAAGUCCAGGCAUAGAGGCACACACCUCUAUUGGAAGCCAGCCUGGGCUAUGUAGUGAGACCUGUCUCAGAAACAAAAAGAAAAUGAAAAUACUAUAAUGAUAGGCUCUGUUGUAGAUUUCCUAUUGGGGAAUAUAUAUAUAUAUAUAUAUAUAUAUAUAUAUAUAUAUAUAUACACAUUUCAGAGGAGCAAUUAGAGAGAAGAAAGACUGUCCCCAACAGAAGGAAACUUAAGUAGACAAGGCAACCACCCACCUGCUCAGGGUGUUGUCCCCCAUGUCCUUUUGUCCGACUGUCCAUGUCCUGUGUCCCGCCCCGUCCAGUCCCAUCCCAUCCCGUGUCCCCUUGCACUAGGGUUUCUCUGUGUAGCUCUGGCUUUCCUGGAACUUGCUCUGUGGACCAGGCUGGCCUCCAACUCACAGAGACCCAUCUGCCUCUGCCUCCGGAGUGCUGGGAUUAAAGGCGUAUGCCACCAACACUGCAUGGCUUUUUUUUUUUUUUUAAGAGACUGGGUUUGACUGUGUCUUGAACUCACAAUGUAUUCAAAUUUACAAUCCCCCUACCUCAAGGACCAGAAUAGCUGUGAUUACAAGCAUCAUCUAACACACCCAGUCCAAAACAUUUUUAAACUUACAGGACUUUGCAAAGGUGUCUUGUUUGUUUGUUUGUUUGUUGGUGUGUGUGUGUAUGUGUGUGUUUUGAGACAAGGUUUCUCUUUGUAAUAACACUGGCUGUCCUAGAAGUCACUCUAUAGACCAGACUGGAGUCCAACUCACAGAUAUCCACCUGUCUCUGCCUCCCAAGUGCUGGGAUUAAAGGUGUGUGCUACCACUGCCCAGCUUUCUUAUUGUUUUAAUACUGCAGUCCUUAGGCUUUCUGCUAAUUCCUGUCAAUUGUAUAUGUACUGGGGAAAUCAGCCUGCUGAAGGAGAGAUACUUUGAGUCCUGUUUGAUUUGAAAAAAAAAAAAGAUUUAUUUUUAUUUAUGUGUAUGUGUGUCUAUGUGAAUAUAUGUCAUGUGUGUGUGUGUGCGGACAUGGAGACCAAAAGAAGGCAUCUGACACCCUGGAUCUGGAGUUACAGGCAGAUGUUAAUCCCAGAGAUGGGAGGAGAAGGACCACUAACCCAAAUCAUAAUGACCAAAUCAAUUAGAGCAAGCAAUUAAUUAAUUAAAACAAGCUUUUUUAUUCAUGUACACAGGCUGCCUGCCUUUAAUGCGGGGUUUGAGAGGUCAGCACUGGAUGUGAGGAAGACAAGGCUUUUAUAGAUUAAGGCAAGGAGGUUUCCAAAUGGGGGAUUUGGCAGGGAAAAUAAAUGGGGUUGCAGGAGCAGAACGUAAGUGUAACAAGUUAGUCCCUCCUGAAACAAAGACAUGGGUGCAAGAUGGGCAAAAGAAGGUAGUCAUAAUCAUAAUAGGGUAGUCACAUAGCAAAGGUAGGGCUCAAGGUGGUUAUAAACUUUUUGAAACAAAGAUAUUUUAUUUUAAAAACGGUGGGAAGGAGUCAUAGCGUACAACAGAGCCUAUGUGGGAAGUUUAUGGAGGGGAGGGGAUGAGAAGGAGGAGAGAAGAGACGGAGACCAGUUCCUGGGGAUGAGAGUGAGGGAAGAGAAAGAGACAGGAGGUGGGCAAGGCCCGCCUUUUAUAAGGAAACAUGGCGAAUGCGCACAGGGGUUGCUCUUAGUGGCUGCAGCUGAGGAGAUAUCCUAUCAGGACCCUAAGGACAGGCCAGUACAGAUGCCUAAAUGCUAACAUUCUCCCCUUUUGUUUAUUAUAAAAAGGUGAGGAGUUAGAACGGGGUAGCAGGUGAGGCGGGAUGAGGGCGCCAUGUUCUCUAGACUGCUUCCUGCUGACCUGGGGGCAUCAGUCAUCUUUGGGGGACCUGAGAGAGCUGGGGUGCUGGCUAGGGUAGUUGACUGUUUCACUUCACUGUCCAGGCUCUAUGGAACUAUCUGGUGCUGCUUGGAUCUGGCAUGAUGCUGUUCUUGCUCGAGCUGGAUCCAAGUUGACUCCCUGAAGCUCACAAGAAGUCGUGAUGAGGUCUAUAGCCAAAAAAUGGAGGAGAGCCACGUGGUUACUAUUAAUAGUUACAUGCAAAUACACACAGAAUUAAACAGGAGUUGAGUUAAUAAGUGUUGCCUAAAGAUCAGGGAACAGAACAAGCCACUACAUUAGACAUAGAGGCUAGGCAGUGGUGGCACAUACCUUUAAUCCAAGCACUUGGGAGGCAGAAAUCUGUCUGGAUCUCUGUGAGUUCAAAGCCACCUGGAUUACAUGAGAUUGACUCAGUCUAGAAGAGAAAACAGAGCCAGGCAGUGGUAGUUACCCUGAAUGACAAACACCUUAUCCACUGAGCCAUCCUGUAAACCCAAGGAACACAUUAUCUUCACCAAUCAGAGAGUACAGACUAACCUUGAAGGACUUUCCUUCUUGCCCAGUGGGUAGAGACUGAAAUGGUUUACUGUCUGUCCCUGCCCAUCUGAUGAAUCACCGAGUGUUCAGAAAAACUAAUUUUUUUUUUUCCCGAGACAGGGUUUCUCUGUGUAACAGUCCUGGCUGUCCUGGAACUCACUCUGUAGACCAGACUGGCCUUGAACUCACAGAGAUCCACCUGCCUCUGCCUCCCAAGUACUGGGAUUAAAGGUGUGCGCCACCACUGCCUGGCUCAGAAAAAUUAAAAUUCUAAUGUGCCCCAUUUUAUCUUUUGACACACCUUUGCUUUUGCUUCAUCACUCAAAUUAAUAGAUAUAGUGAAAUAACUCCCAAAUUAUAACUUAGAAUUAUUUAUGAAAUCGUUUUAAUCUCAUGGCAGUCUUAAGCAGGUCUGCUGAUUGCACUGGGAAUCACUGCUUGCGUAGCUUCCUGUUUUGAUUAAUGAAUACAUUCAUUCUCUUCAAGAUAAUUAAAAAUUGCCCAUUACACUUUACAGUUAUGUUUAUGAAGUUGUUUCACACAAACACAACAUCAAUAGUUUAAUGUGGAGGCUGCUGGUACCAAAAUUAUUGUCUCUAUCAUUUAUUGUGAGCAAAACCAUCUUUUUGUGAUGUUUAUGGUGAUGGGCAUCAAUUCCAACUGGGUGAUGGAAUAGCUAUUGCCUAGUUUUCUUUUCCCUCAAGAGCUUUGCAGUUUAAAGUUUAAUAAAGUUUAAAGUUUCAUCUUCUUGACUACUGAGGAACUGAAAUAGCUAUUUCUGAGUGUAAGGUUAUGGUUAUAUCACGAACUUCAUUCAUAAAGUUCUACUCUACUAAUCUGUGCUCAAGGAAGAGAUAUUACUAUUAGUAAUAUUUUAAUGUAGGCAAAAUAAAUUAGCCUUACUGGUUGUAGUUCAGGGUGACUUUGGUGGUUAGUAAUCUCUUGAGACAGACACAAACCUUGUUGCUACAAAUUAUAUACAUCUUGCACAAAGGAAAAGUAACUAUUGCCUUCAGAACUAUUUUUUUAAGAUUUAUUUAUUGAUUAUGUAUACAGUGUUCUGUCUGUAUGCCUGCAGGUCAGGAAAGGGUGCCAGAUCUUGUUACAGAUGACUGUGAGCCACCAUGUGGGUGCUGGAAAUUGAACUCAGGACUUCUGGAAGAACAGUCAGUGCUCUUAACUGCUGAGCCAUCUCUUCAGCCCCAGAACUAUUUCUUUUUAUUAAUUCAUUUAACAAGUGCUCAGACUGCCUGCCCAGCGAUUGUACUAGGAAGAAAGACUAAGUUAUCACAUGGUAGGCGGACUUUAUUUAGUUGGAGGUGUAUGAAGGUCUACAGAUGUUUACAAGAGCAUGUGAGGUUUAAUUUGAUCACUGGAUGAGGAUGAAUGGUAGAAUCAAGGGCCCAGAGCUUGGUGAAGAGUCAGAGAUUCCAGAACACUGUGUUCUGGGGUUGCUUAUUGCACUGGAUGGCUGAUCCAGUUGAAAAUGACAAAGUUGGAAUGGAAAGGUUUUGGAAGCCAUGCUAACUUUUUGUUUUGUUUUUUAUUUUUGUUUUUCGAGACAGGGUUUCUCUGUGUAGCUUUGCGCCUUUCCUGGAACUCACUCUUUAGCCUAGGCUGGCCUCAAACUCACAGAGAUCUUCCUGGCUCUGCCUCCCAAGUGCUGGGAUUAAAGGCAUGGGCCACCACUGCCGGCUUGUUUUUUUUUUUUUUUUUUUUUUUAAUUUGUAUUUUUGGUGCUUGAGGUCCAACAAACAGCAUUGUCUAUGCUCAGCAGUCACAGACUUACAGUUCCACCUUAUUAACAAGUUUGCCUUUUAUUCCAAGGACAAUGGAAACAUUAGAUCAUCAUUACCGUUUAAGGUGUACAGAUAAACAAAACGGAAAUAGAGAUAGGACAUUAAUAGUGGAGCUCAUGAGUAAAUUUUUCAAAGUAUUUUCAUUCUUGAGUGGACAAGAAGGGUCAGUAGGUAAACGUGUUUUCUACUAAGAUUGUGACCUGAGUUCCACCCCCAGUUCCCACAGGGUGGAAGAAUAGUUUUUCAAGUUGUUCUCUGAUCUCCAAAUGCCCACUGUGGCAUGCUUAUGCCACUUCUCUAAUAAAUAUUUUCACUUGGCUUGGUAACACCUUUACAGACAACACUUAGGAGUAAGAGACAGAUGAGUCUCUGAGUUCCAGGCCAGCCAUGGGUUACUUAGUGAGAUUCCGAUUAAAAAUAUUUUUAUUCAUCCAAGUAUUUCUUUUAGACUUUAAAAAUAAAACAAACGACAUACCAUUAAUUCAUAGCUUAAGUAAGGUACUAAGUUGUAAAGAAACCAAAAUAAAUCGGAAACACAGUAGUUAGGUAACAUUUGGAAACCUUGCUCAAUAAACAAGGCUAGCCUAGCCAGUGGGAGUCUGUGACUGAGGGCAGGCACUUAGAACAGAAGUGGCUUCUUAGAGCUUGAGUUAUAUCUAGAUACUGGUUUCUUCAAGUACACGGAGGAGGUGAGCAACUGUGUGAGCUUCGUCAUGUAUAUCAUAGAGGAAAAGUAGCACUCCAAGAACAAGAUAUUGUUGACUUCUUAGAAGUUCGCGAGCACGGUCACCUCUGCCGCAAAGGCAUAUCCUGCAAAUGGUUUUUUACAGGACCACUCCAGGGUUUGAAUGGGGAUGCGGUCUCGGCAGCGCGUUCCCUCCUUACCGCUAGGGGGCGAGCGUCCGAAAGCCUCUCUUCCCCGCGCGGACCGGCCUCUCUUGGCGACGCGGACUGGGAGACGGUACUUCCUGUCGGGCUUGCCGGGAGUGGCGCGCUGCUUGCGCGGGUGCUUCUGCCGAGGCUGUGGGGCUCGGUCAGCCAUGGAACAGUCGGGGCCCGGCGAAGUGCCAGGCGCAGACGCGGCGGGACCCGACCCUCAGCUGGCGGUCACCAUGGGCUUCACUGGAUUCGGGAAGAAAGCUCGCACAUUUGACUUGGAGGCCAUGUUUGAGCAAACUCGAAGGACAGCUGUGGAAAGAAGCCGGAAAACACUGGCGGAACCAGUAUUUGGAAGGCUGGGCCAGAGGUGGCUGUCACCAUUGCUUGUUGACCCAGACAGUAUAGAACAUUGUGACAUGCACUGAAUGUGGCUGCUGCUGUUGGCUCCCUGCUUUAAUGAGCUGUAGGAGACACUUACUGAAGCCUUAUUUCCAGCCUGGCUUGAUACCAGAUGGUUGGCAUUUCUAGGUCCCACCUCAGGGUCUUCAGAGGACAUUGGUGCUGUGCUUUCUUUGGAUCUAACUCAGAUCUUUCUUACACUAGAAGAAGGUCUGGAGUCUGGGAACUACUGGAUUUAAAUCAGCGCUGUGAUAGUACUUGUCAUGUUAAUGUGUUUCGUCUUGUUUGUUUAUUUUCUUGUUUUUGUUUGUAGUUUUGAGACAGGGUCACACUCUGUAAUCCUGGGUGACUUGGAACUCCCUAUGUAGACCUAGCUGGCCUUGACUUCUGGCAGUGUGUCUACCUCAGUGUCCUGAAUGCUGAGAUUAUAGGAAUGAGCCACCAAUAUCUUUUUUUUUUCUUUUUUUUUUUUUGGUUUUUUGAGACAGGGUUUCUCUGUAGCUUUGGAGUCUGUCCUGGACUAGCUCUGUAGACCAGGCUGGCCUCGAACUCACAGAGAUCCGCCUGCCUCUGCCUCCCAAGUGCUGGGAUUAAAGGCGUGUGCCACCACCGCCCGGCUCCACCAAUAUCUUGAUCAUAUCCUAAAUUCAAUUUUAAUGAUGGAGAUAUGGGGAUUUUACUGUGUUACCCUGGGUGGGCUUGAACUCAUGAGCCAAGUUAUCCUUUGGUCUCAGCCUUCUCAGUAGCAAAUAUUAUAGGAGUUCACCACUGUGCCCAGUAGUUGGUUUUGGUUUUGAAGUGAUGAAUUGUGGGGCUGGGGAGUGAUGAAGAGCACUUGUUGUUCUUCCAAAGCACCUGGGUGGCAUUCCCAGUACCUACUUGAUGGCUCACAACUCUGAACUCCAGUCCCUGGGAUAUGACGCCCUCUUCUGGCAUCUGUGGAGACUGCACAUAUAUGGUGCCCAGACAUACAUGCAAGCAAAAUAUUCAUACAUAUAAAAAUAAUAAAUAAAAUGCUCAAAAAUUAAAAUGGUGAAUUAUUUAGCAGUAACAUUUAAAAUUUGGUUGGUGAACUUGAAACUAAUAUCUUUGGAAGUAAGCCUUUUAUGUGUGAUGAAAAGGCAGUUAUGUACAUAUAUAGUUUUUUUGGACAGGCUCUCAAUUUAGUCUUGGCUGUCUUGGAACUUGUCAUGGAGACCAGAUUGGCCUGAAACUUAUGGGAUGAAAGGCUUGUGCAAUCACGCCUAUUUUUUUUUAAA